CUCCUGCAUACGCGCAUGCAGCGCCAUCAUCUGCGUUGGCCCAAUUCUCCGAUCGUCGUCGGAUUGACUUGUCCUCUUGACAGCGAAUAAUCCAACUUAUGGCGCCUCUUGGGCUCCCCCGCAGUGGAGCCACGGUGAUGUGUGCCUGAAGGCUGACCGCCCCUCCUGCUUCUGCCUUCAACUUGCUCCCUUCAGGUACCUCUCCCACGAUCUCCAGAUUCCUUCACCUUCUUGCUUUUGCUGCUCUUCGCGCUGCGCUUGCAUUGAUGUGAGCGUCGCUUUGCUGCAUUCAAUGCGCCCCAGCAUCCAGCCGUGGCUCCAAUCUUGCCCGGCCAUGUCCAACUAUAGUGCGAACUAUUGGGGAAGGCUGAUCAAUCCUGAUAAAAGCCCAGCUCCACUACUCGAACAGCUGUGCCUGGAGAUUGCUCGUUUGAUGAUCUCCUUUGACGGCUGUGGAACGAUCGAUCUUACCCCAGAACGACUCGCGACUUUCUACAAAAAGGUCGGCGGCAACUAUGACACCCUAUUCCUCGAGACCAAGCCUGGUGCGCUUUCGUUUAUAUAUCAAUCACUAGGCUGUUUUCACAGCCUACAGCCUUCUACCAAUGCUUUUGAACCACCCUCUAUCCCGGCCCUCCUACCCAGCGGCUUUGUCCGAUGGCAGACAAUACAGCUGCUGAUGGAUCCAGACGAACAUUGCCAAUAUCUGCAAAAUGCGGUUGAGUUGUGGAAUAUUGAGAGCCCCAUCGGGGGCUAUUUCCCAAAGAUGAUCCCGAGAGACGCCUUCCCCUCGGAGCCAGACCCAGAAAUGGUGGAAUGGCACGAGGGUGUCAGUCGGAGACUGGAAUAUGACUACUGGAAAAGAAACACUCCACGCUCAUCCCCACCAAACCCCCGACCGUUCCCCAGUCAGUUCAGUCCAACAGACCCACCGACUGAAGAAGAACCCCCCCGGAGCCGUCCUCGGCCAGUACCUCGCCAUCGACAUGCCGAGCCUACUGAUAUGCCACGGCCCCGAUUUCAACGACAAAAGAGUGCCGAGUACCCGGCUACACGACGGCCACAAUCGGCAUUCUUCCCGCAACCUGACGAAUUGAAGACAGCCUUUGCAUCCCCGCGAGCGCCGUCACCCCCUACGUCGCCGCCAGAACGCCGCCCCGCAUCACCAGGCCGAGCACGGGCCUCGAGCUUUGCCCACACAAGCCCAGGAGGAAGCUCUGGUCAUUAUGGGUCCGAUGCAUCGUCUGAAGAGUCAGCAUCGACGGGCCAUGGGUCUUCUCCCACGCAAAAACGAUACGGUCGGCGUCGCAAUUUGACACCACCUAGAAAGUCUCAUGCUCGGCGCCAUUCGCAUGAAGCGUAUGCUCGAAAGGCAGAGAGAGGAAUGUCUCCGGAACCAUACAGACGUCAUGGACCUCGAGAUUCAUACUCAUCAAGCUCGGGAGGAAGAUGGUACGAAUCAGAUGGUGGCCGAAGAUCGCAACCAUCUAGGGGAUACAACGAUGAAGUACCUCCCGGACCGUCGGGUAUGAGAUUCCGGGAGUAUGUCUUCGAUCCCACAGCAGUUCCACCUAGCCCUGAUACUCCAGUGUACCCUCAGGUUCAUGCUCGUUACAUUAACCCUGUCAACGGGACGUACAUGGGUCAUGCCCGUCCACUUGACCCGCUCGUGGCAGAAGAUGCACGACGAGCUAGCUACAGUGGAAUGGCAGGUUCUAGCCGGAAGGCAGGCAGCAGUACUGAGAGAGCACGGCAGCCAAGUAUGACAGGGGGCAGCUCGCGAGGACACAGAUAUGUGCAUCCUGCGUCGGUUUCUGGGAAGCGAUGUGUACCAGUAACCGUGGCCGACAUGGAAUAUCCUUCAUCUGGCAGAAGAUCUGCCAUGUAUGAUCGAUGAUCGAUGAUCCAAUUGGCCUCAUGUAUUCAUGUUAUGGGGGUUUUGUGUUAGGAUACCACUCAAGGUGAAUGUUUACCUACUGCUGAUCAGGGUAUAGGCCACCAGUAAUAUACAAGACUGCACGAAUUUUCAGCACUAACCAACUAUGUUUGAUUUUCCGGAGCACUAAGUUGGCAGAUUGAUUUCCAUUUUCCAUUUUGUUUUUUUUCUUGAAUGAUGUUUGGCGUUGAAAGGUUUUUGUAAUAUGUUCGGGCUUAUCUAUCUCGACUCGACCAACAGACGCAAUGCGCAAUUAUAUGAUAUGACGACAGUUAUCCGUCACCAGUGACAUCGGUGUUUCGGGGGUAUUCAUUUUUUUUGCGGCGCGAUUUGAAAUCUGAUUAAUUUCUAACGAUUCACGAUUGACGACGGCUAGAUUAGAUUUGGAAUACAAUCUCUUAUAUAAGUGGA